AAGCGUGUACUAGUAGCAUUGACCUAACUAUAAUUUGCUUUAUGUAAUUAAUAUAACUAAUAAUUACUGUAUCUCGUAAUUAAGGCCUCACAGUUCCUAUCACUUCAAAAAAUAAAUCAUUAUUUUAACAAAAAAAAAAAAAGAGGGCUAUGAUUGACUAAUAAUCCCACUUUUUGGGAAGAAAGUUAGCAUUAUAAAUAGCCUCUACCUCCACCCAUAUUCUAACACACAGCAUAGCAAGCUUAAGAAAAACAUAAAAUCAUACACAACUUUUUCUCUUGCUCUUUCCCUUUCUCUCUUAACAUAUCUUCUACAAUCACAAUGGGGGUUCCCGUGUACGAUUUUUCGAAGCUUGAUGGCGAAGAGAGGGCUGUUACCAUGGCUCAGAUCCAUAAUGGAUGUGAAGAAUGGGGAUUCUUCCAGUUGGUGAAUCAUGGGAUUUCAGAGGAGCUUCUGGAGAGAGUUAAGAAAAUCAGCUCUGAUUGUUACAAGCUCGAACGAGAAGAAAACUUCAAGAAGUCGAAACCUGUGACAAGGCUGAAUGAGAUCGUCGAGAGCAAAAGUGAAGAGAAAUUGGAUGAUGUUGAUUGGGAAGAUGUCUUCCUUCUUACUGAUGAUAAUGAAUGGCCAUCAAAUCUUCCUGGAUUCAAGGAGACAAUGACAGAGUACAGAGCAGAACUGAGGAAACUUGCAGAAAAACUGACGGAAAUAAUGGAUGAGAAUCUUGGUCUGCCAAAAGGCUACAUCAAGGCGGCCUUCAACAGUGGAGAAUCUAGUGAAGAAGUGGAUGAGACUGCCUUCUUUGGCACCAAGGUGAGCCACUACCCACCCUGCCCCCACCCUGAGCUCGUGACAGGCCUGCGAGCCCACACAGAUGCCGGUGGGGUGAUCCUGCUCUUCCAAGACGACAUAGUUGGUGGUUUACAGAUGCUUAAGGAUGGAGAAUGGAUCGAAGUGCAGCCUGUUCCUAAUGCCAUAGUCAUCAAUACAGGAGAUCAGAUCGAAGUCCUAAGCAAUGGAAAGUACAAGAGUGCCUGGCAUCGGGUUUUGCCUAAUCUUGAAGGAAUUAGGCGGUCCAUUGCCUCGUUCUACAAUCCAUCCUACAAGGCAUCCAUUGCCCCAGCCCCACAGCUCGUCGAGAAGGUCAAGGAAGAGGAGGUGGAGAAAUCUCCCAAGGAAAGUGUCAAGUAUCCAAGGUUUCUGUUUGGAGACUACAUGUCUGUUUACACAGAACAGAAGUUCCUGCCUAAAGAGCCCAGGUUUCUAGCGGUUAAGGCUGUGUAAAUUUUCUAUAUUUUAACUUCAAGCACAUAAUAUAACUGUUGGAACACAAAGUUCCAUCAGUAAUUUUUUAAUCUUUAUUCCUUUUUUUUUUUGUGUUUUUUUAAAGCAUUCUACCCUCUAAUUGUGGGUUGGUAAAUGCCUUUGAAGUGGUAUGGUGUUAAGAAGUUGGAUUAAUGUAUCCUUAUUCUGUAAUCUAGACUUCUUUUUAAUUUUUUGCGGUAUCAGUAAUCCUGACUUAUGAAAGCAGAAGUUAAUUCCUGCAAUACAGCACAGUUAUGGUUUGUUUCUGAUCGCUGCUUAUUACGUAUGGAGUACUUCUGGUUUGUUUCUGAUACUUCCCCAAGCAAUACAGCACAGUUAAUUCCUUUUUCGGUUU